AUGAAUAUUAAAGAUUCAUCACAUCAUUCCAAAACAUCACUGAAUAUGUUAGAUAAAUUAUCAAAUAAGAUUUCUGCAAUUAAAGAUGAUAUAACUGGAGCUGUUAAAGAACGAAGUCGUUCAAUUUCAUCUGAUCGUCAUAGUUCAAUGUCUUCGACAAGUAGUGCAUUUUCAUUUCAUGAUGAAUCUAUAUCAAUACCAAUAAAAAUCAAACAAUCAUUCAAAAUAUCUGGCGAUACUGGUUCAACAUCAUCUCUUGCAUCAUCAUCUCGUCAUGCCUUAGAUUCAUUGACUGUACAUAGAAAUUGUAGUGGCAUAAAGCCAAGUUUUUUUAGUUCAUCAAAUUUAUCAACCGCCACUUCAGCACAUUCAAUAUCUUUAAUUAAUUCGACGACGAAUCAUUCUCCAUUACAUAGUACGCCUUCACAUUCACAACAAAAAUUAGAAUCAAUUCAAGAUGUAUCUACACCUAUGGAAGAUUCCAAUGUAAAAGAAUGUUUUAUUACUAAAAUUGAUCCUGUUGAAAUGACUGCAAAACCUACGACGGUUCUCGUAUCACAAGAUGCUAUGAAAAGAUCGGCUAUACUUUUAGCUGGACCGAAAUUUCGUUUAAAUUGCACAGAAACAUUUCAAAAUAAAUCAAUAAUCAAUAGUAAUGUUAUUUAUUCCGUUUCGACUAUUGUUGGUGUUAUUUGUCUAAUUAUUACAUUAUGGAAACCAAUUUCACCUUACUUUGCUGGUCUUAUUGUUGGUAGUUUGUUUGCUAUAGUUAUUGUUUACAUAUGGAUUCAAAUGUUUAUUAAUGAUAAAAUUGAAGAAACUGCCAUUGAAGAAUGGAUCGAUUUUCCUGCACUUGAUUCCAUGCUUACGAAAGUCGAUAAAGAAGAUAAAAAUACCAAUAUACAAGUAACUGGUGCUUACAUGAGUUUUCAUAGUUAUGAUGCUGAUCGUGAUGAUGAUUUUGUUCGUUAUCCAUGUGAUAUUCGUCUUGAUGGAUAUCGUCUGAUUAUUCAACUUGCUAGUAAACCAUGGAGUGAUGAUAAAAAACCUGAUAAAGAAAUAAAAUUUAUCGGAUGUCGAGAAUAUCUUGUUAAAGAGGCUCGAAUGAUACUCGUACCUGAAGCAACUUUAACACGUAGUAAAUAUUGGAUGAAUGAUUAUCCUAUUGUUAUACAAAAUUUACAAAUUCUCGAUAAACAAAUUUUCAAUAAACAACAAUUAGAAAAAUCUAAAGCUCAUAUAAAUGAUUUUUUUACGAAUAAUGCAACCAUUAUUUCAAUUUGGUUUGAAACUGGUCCACAAAAAGAAGAAUGGUUUCAUAAACUUGCUUUGAUUUUACUGAAAGGAAAAGAAGAAAUUGAACGAGUUAAUAAUUUACGUGCAAAUAGUAAAUCUCAAUUAUCAUCAACUAUAAGUAAUUCAUCACUCUAUCGUCGACAACCUCAAACUGAUUCUGAUAUUGAACUUAUUUCAAAUUUUGUUACGGAAUCUCAUAUUCGUGCUUCAGUUAUUGAAACACAAAUUAAUGCGGAAAAAUUACAACAAAAAGCAAAAAAAAAACAAUUAGAAAAUAUUGAAAAAGAUGCUAGUGGAACACGUCGAACAAUUGCGCGAAAAUCAAAAAAAUUCGUACCAAAUGAAACUAGUUUACAGAAAGUUCUUCAAACACCUGAAUGUUUAGAUGAAGCAGCUAUAACAAUCAAUUUCAUGACUCGACGACUUUUGUGUGAUAUGUUUGAUAUAUCUGUUUUUAAAGAUUUAUUAAAAGAAAAAGUUGAAAUGAAAUUAAAAGAACUUGCUGUAUCAAUUCUUGAAAAUCUUCGUGUUGUAUCCAUUGAUUUAGGCAAUACAUUUCCUAUUAUAUUAAAAAUUGAACCAAUGCAAUGGAAUACACAAGGUAUUUGGUUCAAUUUAUUCCUGUAUUAUCGUGGAAGUUUCAAAUUAUCAGUAAGAACACGAGUUGCACUUCAAAAAUUAAUCAAUUAUGAUCCAGAAACAGAUAAACCAAUAUUUGCUCAACAUCAUUCAGCACAAAUGGUCCAUAAAGAUGAUGAACAUAUCGAUGAAAAUGAUUUAAUUCAACGACAAAAACUUUUGGCGAAAGAACCUGAAAUACCAGAAAUGGCAGUAACACGAAAACUUGGAACUGCAUUAACUAAUUUAGCUUUAAAUAAAUAUUUUCAAUUCUUUGCUAAUUUACCAUUUAUAAAAACAUUAUUCGAGAAAUUUUCUCAACAAGAAGUUGGUGUUGAUGUUGAAGUAACUAGUUUUAGUGGUGUUCUCACACUUAACAUUCCUCCACCACCAAGUGAUCGAAUUUGGGUGGGCUUUCCAGAAAUGCCUGAUCUUAAUAUUAAAGUUAUACCAACAUAUGGUGCCAAUCAAUAUUCUUAUACAUUACUUCAAGAUUUACUUUCAGCUAAAAUUCGAGCUGAAUUAAAACGUCUUGUUGUUCUUCCAGCUAUGGAUGAUCAACUUCUACCAUUCUUUCGAGAUUGGGCUAUUGAUGUUAUCGGUGAAAUUGUAUCAAAACCUGUUAAUCCAAAUACCGAUAAUUAUAAAACAAAACUAAACGUCCAAACAUCUAUUCGUGAAGGAUUGCAAGAAUAUAAAAACACACCAGAUAUGAAUAAAUCAAAAACGACAUUAUCAAAUCCUUCAGAAACAAAUUCUAUAGAAAUUUAA